GCCACCCCGGCCCCGUUUGGCUCUCCAGCCCACAGAACACACGCCCUCGCCCGUCCACGCCUCCUGCCGGAUCAGGCCAGUCCUCUCGCGCUUUGUCCGGACGCCUCGGCCGCUCGUUGACGACCCGCCUGUUGCGAGGACCCCUGUGUUCUCGCCUUAUAUCCGGUGAUUCAGAUUACUAUGAUACAUCUCGAUCGCAGUCACUCCUCUGCUAUCGCUGGGCACGCAAAGUCUAACUUGAUUCUGGCGGAUCCACCCCAUGCUGAUCAGCAUUCCAUCCUGUCUUGGUCCCCGUCCACCCACACCGACACACCAUUCUAUCACGACCCCCAGGAACCAUUCACCCUGACAAGCGACGCACCGAAGCACACAAUAACGUCUGAUCCAGCCCCAGCACAAAAGCAAGACCAACCGGUCCCGGCAACAACCAAUCACGGCCCCAUCACUCCAGGCGAUGCAGAAGAGCCCAAGUUGCCAGAGCCGUCGCCCUCAAGUCCUGCAGGCACACGCUCUCCAGUCGCCGAGACGUCGUCCUCUCUCAGCCCACCACCAGACGCUGCGACACCCAGCGCAGUAGUAGAUCCAGGAGCGACUGCUGAAAAGCCUCCGGCCAGUGCAGGCGAGGCGGCAGCAGGAGGGACAGAAGCGCCGACGGAGGUGGACGAAGGGAACUUCGCGGAGGAGGUCGAGAAGGCUUCGCGUGCUCCACACCACUCAGUGAGCUUUCUUCUGCUCCCGAUGACGAGGAAGAGGACAGGACAAAGGAAGGAGGCGCGUCCGUUGGCGGACCAUCUCCGGGCGGCCACAAGGAGACACACGAGGCUGAUGGUCCGAACAAGAGUGCCCCGGAGGGAGCAACAAGCAAGGGCCAUGCAUCGGCUGCGUCUAACGCACAAUCCCCACGCGAAGCUCCGCCUGAGGCAUCAUCGUCCCAUUCGAAUCCCGCCAAAUCAGCUUCCUACGCCAGAGGAUCGUCGAUCAUCCAUUCUUCAUCGUCAUCGGUCUCGAGUCCCUUCUCCCAGCCAGAUAUCGCAUCCUUGGGAAACGAUGUCACGUUCCCGAACCAUGUCCCCAACCUCACGGCCUCCGCCGGCGCGAAACUCGAUCCCAAGGUCGUCACCAUUCUAGAACUCAACAACCAGUUGCUGAGGUAUCCGUAUUUCCUAUACCACUCAACCCAAAUGCUCACUGCGCCAUAGCGCGAUGGCAGCUUUCCUCAGCCGUGGUUACUCCAGCGACAAUCCAUUACUUUAUCAGUACGUUUAUCCACUCGGUGGUAAUGCACCUUCGCUAACGACGCAUUCUUAGGUACGGAGCGCAUGUUCAAUCGAAUCUUACCUGGCUGGCAGCGGCUGCAGAUGCGAAUGUGAAGGUGUGUAGCCCGAUUCCUUGACUUCGGCUCAGGCUAAUA